UGGCCUCAGUGGGAGCAGUGGUGCCCCGCUAGUGGCCUCAGUGGGAGCAGUGGUGCCCCGCUAGUGGCCUCAGUGGGAGCAGUGUGGCCCGUUAGUGGCGUCAGUGGGGGGAGUAGUGCCCCAUCAUUGCUAUCAGUGGGAGGAAUAGUGCCCAUCAUUAGUGUCAGUGGGAGAAAUAGUGCCCCAUCAUUAGUGUCAGUGGGAGGAAUAGUGCCCUAUCACUGGUAUCAGUGGGAGGAAUAGUGCUACAUCAUUGGUGUCAGUGGGGGGGAGGAAUAGUGCCCCAUCAUUGGUAUCAGUGGGAGGAAUAGUGCCUCAUCAUUGGUAUCAGUGGGAGGAAUAGUGCCCCAUCAUUGCUAUCAGUGGGAGGAAUAG